UACAGAGUGAGACAGUCAGCGUGAGCAAGAGAGACAGACAGGACCCUUCUUUAGACAGGAGCCCUGGCCGGCGCAGCUGUCCCUAGCAUUCCAGGCGUGUCGUCAGUCCACAGAUUGAAGAAUUAAAAGGGACUAGGGACUGUGGGGCCAUUCUGACACUUUUCCUUCGGUCGAGUUUGCUUCACUUUCCUUAUUUCGGCCACUUCUGCAAUACACCUAUCCUGUUCUAACCAGUUUUGGGCCAGAGGCCCCCAAUAUGGCGGACCAGUAUAACACCAACGAGGAGAAAAUCCUGAGGGAUAGUCACACCAAGGAGAUUGACUUGAUCAACAGGGACCCCAAGCUGAUCAAUGAAGAUGUUGUGAAGGUGGAUUUUGAGGAUGUGAUAGCCGAGCCCGAUGGCACCCACAGUAUGGAUGGAGUGUGGAAGGCCAGCUACACCACCUUCACCGUCUCCAAGUACUGGUGCUACCGUGUGCUGUCCGCCAUCUUUGGCAUCCCAGUGGCGCUGCUGUGGGGCUUCUGUUUUGCCUGCAUCUCCUUCUGUCACAUUUGGGCAGUCAUGCCCUGCAUUAAGAGCUAUCUGAUCGAGACCCAGUGCCUGAGUCGAAUCUACUCUCUCUGCAUCCACACCUUCUGUGACCCCUUGUUCGAAGCUCUAGGGAAAAUUUUCAGCAGUGUACGGGUGGCAUUACGCAAAGAGGUUUAGAUUUCCUAGACAAAUCAAGGUUUACAUGUUCGGUCCUUGGAGGAAAAUGUUUUAUUUUACAAAUAUCUAAUUUUGGGUUCCCUAAAAAUGAAAAGACUACAUCAAUGAAAGAAAUGCAUAUGCAGUGCCCCAUGCAGUGUUUUUAUGUUCUCAGUGUUCGUAAGAGGCUUUGGGAGCAAUUCAGUAUUAGGCCACCUGUUUGUUCAGAGAAAUGUAUCUAUGAUUAAAGGCGUCUCUGACUGACAAUGGAGAAUAAGUCUUAUUUGAUAUCUGAUAUCAUGGGGUUUCUAAGUUUGACAGAUUAAAAAUGGUAUGUUGCUGAGUGUGGUAUUUUUAUCAUGACAAUGUCAGAUGUAUUCUGUACAACUACUAAUUAAACAUUUUGGUUUAAACAGUAA